UAUUAUUUUUAUCAUUAUUAUUUUUAUCAUUAUUAUCAUUAUUAUUAUUAUCAUUAUCACCAUUAUUAUCAUUAUCAUUAUUAUUAUUAUUAUCAUCAUUAUUAUUAUUAUCAUUAUUAUUUUUAUCAUUAUUAUUUUUAUCAUUAUUAUCAUUAUUAUUAUUAUCAUUAUUAUUAUUAUUAUCAUUAUUAUUAUUUUUAUCAUUAUUAUUAUUAUUUUUAUCAUUAUUAUUAUUAUCAUUUUUAUCAUUAUUAUUUUUAUCAUUAUUAUUAUUAUUAUCAUUAUUAUUAUCAUUAUUAUUAUCAUUAUUAUUAUCAUUAUUAUUAUCAUUAUUAUUAUUAUUUUCAUUAUUAUUAUCAUUAUUAUUAUUAUAUUAUCAUUAUUAUUAUUAUUAUUAUCAUUAUUAUUAUUAUCAUUAUUAUCAUCAUCAUCAUUUUUAUUAUUAUUAUUAUUAUCAUUAUUAUUAUUAUUAUCAUUAUUCCACCCUGUCCACUAUUUAAGCUAAGUCAAGGAAAGGAACUGAAAACAAUAUUCAGUUGUCCAUAG